ACUUAACAGGAGUGUGUCUGCCACACCCCACUCCUCUUGACAAAGCCCAGGCUCACACUGAAAAUAGUUAAAGCUGCCAGAGUUACAGAGCAAUGACCGGUCUCAUUGAGGGAAUUGAGAAGUUCGACAGUCCUGGGAAGGGACGAGGACUCCGGGUUACCAAGGCCUUUAAAGUCGGAGAGCUCCUGUUUUCCAGCCCACCAUAUUCCUAUGUGCUGUCGGUCGAAGAGAGAGGCAACUACUGUGAGUUCUGCUUCACCAGGAAAGAAGGCUUGGCAAGAUGCGGGAAGUGCAAGAAAGCUUUUUACUGCAAUGCAAAGUGCCAGAAAGGAGACUGGGCCAUGCACAAGCUGGAGUGUUCAGCUAUGAAUGCAUUUGGAGAGAACUGGUGCCCGUCAGACACGACCCGCCUUGUUGCUCGAAUCCUUGCUAAGAAGAAAAUGAUGAAAGAGCGAUGUGUUUCGGAGAAGAUGUUGCUCAUUGAAGAGCUGCAGUCGCAUUUGGAGGAUGAAGAUAAUGAAAAAAGAGAAAGAACCGACACUGACAUUGCUGCCCUCCAUCGGUUUUACCCUAAACAUUUGGAGUUGCCUGACCACAAAGACCUGCUUACACUCUACUCCCAGGUUGCCUGUAAUGGUUUUACAAUAGAAGAUGACGAACUUUCCCACAUUGGUACUGCAGUCUAUCCAGAUGUGGCACUUAUAAACCACAGCUGUCUUCCCAGCGUCAUAGUAACAUAUAAUGGCACGUCUGCUGAAGUCCGGGCGGUGCAGGACAUGAAACCUGGAGAUGAAGUUCUCAUCAGCUACAUAGACCUCCUUUAUCCAACAGAUGAUCGAAACAACAGGCUGAGGGAAUGCUAUUACUUCACCUGUGACUGCUUGGAAUGCAAAACCAAGUCCAAAGAUAAGGCCAAGCUGAAAAUUUGCAAGCAGAGAGAUCCAGUUGAGCCACAUGUGGUCGACAACAUGAUCCGCUACGCCAGGAACUCUGUCAGGGAAUUCAGGGCCCUAAAACAUGUCAAAACUCCUAGUGAGUUGUUGGACAUGUGUGAGCAGAGCCUGGAGAAAAUGGGAGCGGUCUUUGAUGACUCCAACGUCUACAUGCUCCAUAUGAUGUACCAGGCCAUGGGGGUUUGCAUUUACAUGCAGGAUGCAGACGGAGCUAUCAGAUACGGCGAGAAGAUCCUCAAACCUUACAGCAAGCUUUAUCCCCCCUACUCGCUGAAUGUGUCCUCAAUGUACCUGAAGAUGGGCAGAAUCUACAUAAAUAUGGACAGGAACUCAGAGGGCACCAGUGCUCUCAAGAAGGCAAUGGCUAUAAUGGAGGUGGCUCAUGGAAAGAAUCACCCUUUCCUCAAAGACUUGCAUAAAGAGAUUGGACAAAAGUGAAGAUAAUAUUGGGACUGAUUUGAUCCGAGCUUCACAGAACUGAAGGAUUUUUUCCAAAACAAUAUAUGUACAUUUGGUCUCAUGCAGCUAUGUAAAGUGAAGUUGUAUACCAUGUUAUGGAGUGAAAUUGUUUCUUACCACACUAAUUUCACUAAAGUGACUUUUCCACGUGCAA